UUGUUUUUCCUACUUUAAUAGAACCUUUUAUCCCAGCCCAUAAUAAUAGUAGUCUGUUUAACUUGCGUGCACUACAAUGGAAGGUAAUCCACACGACUUUCUGGCCCGCAACGAUCACCAUGGUGACGGUGUACAGGAGCACACAAAUCUAUUGGACGAGUGUGACUCAGAAAUGACAACACCGCCAAGCGUCGGUUCGUUAUCACUUCCUCCUAACAGCAAUACGGAGGAGGAUGACACCAGCAAAGCUGUAUCUCAAGAUUCCGAAUCUAUUGCUCCCAUCCCGCGUGAAAAAUGGACUCGGAAAAUGGAUUUUAUCCUUUCUGUCGCCGGAGGUUUCGUUGGCCUUGGAAAUGUAUGGCGUUUCCCAUACCUGUGUUAUAAAAACGGCGGAGGCGCGUUCCUGAUCCCGUAUGUCAUUUUCCUUGUGUUGGGCGGAAUCCCGAUUUUCUUUCUCGAAGUUGCGCUUGGUCAGUACAUGAGUGAAGGCGGGGUGACGAGUUGGCGACUCGUUCCAAUAGGAACCGGUAUUGGCUACGCCUCGAUGGUGAUCGUAACGUUGCUCAACAUAUACUACAUUGUUAUCCUUGCCUGGGCCUUCUUCUAUCUAUUCCAAAGCUUCACGUCGGAGCUUCCGUGGGGCAAGUGCGGGCAGUAUUGGAACACGCCUUGCUGCGUGGCCACUUACUCAAAAUCGCUAAACCGAACACUGAACGCCUCCAUCGCUGGCAACCUCAGCAGUACAGUCUCUCCCUUCCUCACCACUGUGCCCGAUACCUACAACGCUACCCUCUGCAACGGAACGCGAACGUCUCCAGAGACCGAAUACUGGGAACGAAGGGUGCUGGGCCUCUCUGCUGGUCUGGAACACGUAGGCACUAUUCGCUGGGAGUUGGCCUUAUGCUUGCUGCUCGCUUGGGUGGUUUGUUAUUUCUGCAUUUGGAAAGGAGUCAAGUCGACUGGCAAGGUUGUGUACUUCACCGCAACCUUCCCGUUCCUGAUGCUGAUCAUCCUCCUUAUCAGAGGAGUUACUCUUCCCGGAGCGCUCACUGGCAUCAAGUUUUACUUGACACCGGAUAUCAACAAGCUAGGCGAUCCCCAGGUUUGGAUUGAUGCUGGGACUCAAAUCUUCUUUUCAUUUGCGAUUUGCCUCGGUGCUCUUGUCUCGCUCGGCAGCUACAACAAAUUCAACAACAACUGCUACAGAGAUUGUAUCAUUCUGAGUUUGGUCAACUCUGGCACAAGCUUUAUCAGCGGUUUCGCCAUAUUUAGCGUGCUUGGUUUCAUGGCGGAAGAACAGGGCGUCCAUAUUUCGGAAGUCGCAGAGUCAGGCCCAGGAUUGGCGUUUAUUGCUUACCCGAAGGCAAUCACCCUCAUGCCAGUAUCUACACUGUGGGCAAUUCUCUUUUUCAUCAUGCUUAUAUUACUUGGUUUGGACAGCCAGUUUGUUGAAACCGAAGGCUUUAUUACGUCAUUCGUCGAUCUCUUUCCACGACAGCUAAGGAAAGGUUACAACCGGGAGAUCUUUAUCGCCCUCACGUGUCUAAUAUCUUACCUAAUAGGAUUAACCAUGGUGACAAAUGGAGGCAUGUACGUUUUCCAGCUGUUCGAUUACUACGCUGCGAGUGGCGUCUGCUUGCUUUGGGUGGCUUUCUUUGAGGCCGGAGCCGUGGCCUGGUUUUAUGGUGGCGAACGAAUGUGGGUCAACAUCACACGAAUGGUUGGGUAUCGUCCACUUCCAAUCAUGAAGUACAUUUGGAUUUUCGGCACCCCUCUUCUUACCACGUGUACAUUCAUCUACGCCAUGGUAAAGUUCGAGCCGCUCGUCUAUAACAAGGUGUACGUAUAUCCCGAGUGGGGCACCGCCAUCGGCUGGGUACUUGCUCUCAGCUCCAUGGUGUUCAUUCCUGGUUACGCAAUCUACGCCUUCAUAGUCACACCUGGUACAGUGCACGAGCGUUGGGUGAAACUCACUACCCCCAACCUUCGCCGCAACCACAUUGACUACAACACUGAAUUCCAAGACCCGAUGUCUGCCCGCGAACGAAUCUUCGGUACAGGUACACAGAAUUUGGUCUACCGACAAUCCAGCAUGGAAAAGAAGGAAGAGCUAUUUCCCGUAAAGUCCAUCUCGCAUGGAGUUUCUCUCUCCGAGGAGCAGUCCUACGCCAGCGAGCCGCCAUCUUAUGAUUUGGUAACCGGGAAUACCCAUCUUUGAGAGAAGAUAUUGCGUCCAUCAUUAACACACUGCGAUCUCCCAACUCGUUUUCAUUAUCUGAUUCUGCUUUCCCUAAACCAUGUAUGUGAAAUGUAUAACAACGCGAUAGGCUGUUGUGGUGCAUUAGAUGUAAAAUGUAGAUCACCCGACCCGCAAUUAUUUCCGAUUCGCUGCUCCCACUGUGGCGUCAUUUAUAAGAGUGGCUACAUUAAUAACCCUAGCUUAUGCACUGAUCCAUGGCAGGCGAAAACCACAUUCAUGGCAGUGGUAGCCGUCCAAUGUAAUAUUACCGCCGCUUGUAGCAACGCAACAGUUAAACGCUAGUUCAAAAACAUCAGAGCGUGCAUGAUUUUGUUAAACUUGCAAGCGAGCUAAACUCCAAUACUUUUGGAAGGCUUUUCUUCGAGAAGCAAAUGUAUAUUAUUUGGUAACUGAUGGUAGCUGCAUUUUUCUUUAUGAGAUUAUACAUAACGCUGACCGGUCCAGCGUGCUUAUACUGCUAGUACAAAACUUGCUGUUGGAUUUCAGCCAUUAUUUUCUUAUCCACGCAUUUUUCUGGGAGAUUUCCUUCAUCAUGCAGACAGAAUCAUGACAAUGCUUAGUUUUUACCUUGUCAUAUAAUAAUUUUAGAAAUUUCCAGUAAGCGCAAGCUGCUGUAUGCAUUGUCGUUCACAUAUAUAUAUCACCCCCAUCAUACUUAUAUAACUGUUGUACAUAAAUUAAAUGUUGCUUUAGCAGUGCUUAAAUAUAUAAUAAACAUUCCUGUAUAAGGGAGAGUACGGUUGUUGUUUUUGUUGUGUUUAAUGUAAAAGCAGAAUGUUACCCCUUUGCUGUAGUUACUAUUUACUACGUACUGUACAAAAUGUGUUUUUGCUUGACGCUAUCCAUGCAGCUUUACUACUCGCCUAAAAAUCAUUGUUUAUCAAGCCAAAUUCACUUUCACUUUAAAUUAAGUAUAACACCAGAAAUAAAAACUGAAAAUGUAAAAA